AUGGUAUCUUCGUUCAUAUUGGGUCAGUCGGCUUUAGCAGAUGGCACGAAGUCAUCCAAGUCACUAAUUAGCCACAUCGGAAAAGAAAAUGGUCCGGAACAUCACGAAGCCGUAUAUCUCAUAAUCAAUACUAAAAUCUAUCUCACUAAAAUCAAAGAUUAUACACCCAGAAUUAUUCCGUUGACUAAGGGAUUGGAUAAAUUAGAAAGCAAAUCAAUAUUGCUUAUAACCAAGGAUCCCUCUUUACCUUAUCGUGAUGCAUUAACGAAAAAAGAUUCGCCAACAGAGGAUGUUUUCAACCAAAUAUACACUUUAACCAAGUUGAAGCACAUAUCUAAAGACCCCAAAAAGUUGACUAAACUAUUCAAAGAAUUUGACAUUAUAGUAGCCGAUAAUAGAGUCCACAAGUUUUUGCCAGAUAUCUUAGGGGCUCGUUUUUACGUUAAAAAUAAGAAAAUUCCAUUCAUGGUCCAAAUGGCCAAGCCUGACAAAGAUGCCAAAUUAUCUAAAGGAAAGAAAUCUACAAAACUUAAGGAUGACAGAUGUGAGCCCGAGUACGUUAAAUACCAAAUGAAGUCCAUAGUGAGAAAUGCCUCGUAUAUUCCAUCAGCAACAGGAACAUGCAUCUCUGUCAAGAUAGGUUAUAGUGAUUGGAAACCGGAAGAACUUUUGACAAAUGCUAACGACGUAAUAAAAUAUUUGAUAGAACCUAAAUUCCUUCCGGUUGGUGGAUUGUUGAGAACCACUAAAAACUUAGUUAGUGUUCAUAUCAAGACUAGCGAAAGUAUAAGUUUACCUGUUUUUAAACAGAAAGAAGACAUAAAAGAAGAUGAUGAGUACGAUAGUGACUUAGAUUUUUAG